GUAUAGAUGUUCUCUGGUGAGGAUAGGAGCCAUUCAAGCGCUGGAGCGGUGCAUUAAUCAGCGGUGUGCUCUGGCAAAGUGCUGUGAUGUUUCGGUGGCUGAGCAGAGAGCGCCUAGUUCCCGUGUCAUCCCGGAUGCUCGGUGUCUGCACGUCGAGUACAACAGGUCUCGUGGCCAUUUUCUAACUGUCCCUGUAUUCAAGUUCAAAGAACAGACUGUCCGCAACACCUCUGUUCAAUCGUCAGUUGGCACAGUGGCAGUUCUAGCCGCACAAGAGAGAGGAUGUCGUGUCGUGGCUGCCCUGAGGCUGUGAUGGAGUGCUGGGUAGCGGUCUGUUCCUACCAGGCACGUCGCCCGGAUGAGCUGUCAGUGACGGCUGGUGAGCGAUUUCGUGUCUGGCCUCAGCAACAGGUGCAGCCUGGCUGGCUGCUGGGCUGCAGCCUCCGCACUGGGGCUCAAGGCUACCUGCCGGCUGCCUAUGCACGCCCCACAGGAGCUCUGGAUGACAGUGGAUACUCCGAGCAAGUGUCUUGCAGCCCACCACCGACUGGGGAACCCUCAACACACUUGCUGCAGGACUUGUUCCUAGUAACACCAGCAAUGUGCAGCCACUGCGACGACUACAUCUGGGGUCUCGGCUGCCAGGGCAAGCGCUGCCAGGAGUGCGGGGCAUCGUUCCACGCCGGCUGCUCGGGAUUCGCCGGCCUGCGUCCGUGCCUGCCGCCGAGGGAACCUGCUGCCGCUGCUGCACGCCCCGUCAUCUGCGGCUCCGUCUCCCUUAGUGAGUGGAGCAGUGAAAACAUACUGGAGUGGCUGGCCGCCAUCAAUAUGCUGUCUUGUGGUGGGGAGGCGCUGCGCGAGCUGAAAGGUGCUGACUUGGCCAGUCUGGAUCGAGAGCGUCUGCGCAGCUUAGGUCUAAAAGAGGAGGCCACGCAGGAUGCACUGCUGCGCUGUUUGGCAGAACUGUGCCGUUCAGCCCCUCCUCCGCCACCUGCCGCACCAUCUGCUUCUGCCAGCCAGCUCCAUCAGGGGGACCACGACCUGGAGUGUGGGAGCUUUCCACCAGGACUCGAACAGUGCGACAGCUGUCGGCACUUGUUGCGUGGCCUAGCGCAUCAGGGACUGCUGUGUCGCCAAUGCGGAUUGGUUUGCCACCGGUCUUGUGCAGCCACUCGUGGCCUGCCAGCAUGCCGUCCACCUGUGCCACGGCCCCGACAAGCUCUGCUGGCACUGUCUGCACUGUGGCGGGACCUGGGGGGGGACCACCCAGGUGCAGAUGUGCCACCCUUUCUGGCCCGCUGUCUGCGCGAGGCCGAGGCCCUCUGUCAGCGGACAGGGGCUGACCUGUACGAGGUGUAUGCCAGCCCAUGUGUGCCCGAACGUGUGCAGGAGUUGGCUCUGCGGCUGGCUCAGGAUCCCCAUGCUGAUCUGCCUAGUUAUGACUUAGCUUGCUGGGUGGGGGCCCUAAAGAAAUAUCUGCGUGAGCUGGCCAGCCCUGUUAUUCCAGUGCACUUCUACGAACGCCUUCUGGAAGCAGCCAAGGCCGGUGAUGAAGCAGCUGUGGUGCGGUUCGUCGGUCAACUGCCUGCCGUGCACUUCCGAGCCCUGCGAGCACUGAUGGCCCACCUGUGCCGUAUCUGCCGGCUGGCUCAUAGUAGAGGCUGGUGUGAGCGACCCCUGCGGCUGGCGCAUAGCUUGGCCUUUGUUGUGCUGCGACCACCCUGGGAACAGGUCGUGGCCAUGGCACGUAAUGCACGGUGGCACGGACGUGUACUUGAGAUAUUACUGCUGCGUGGAGACUGGGGCGAGUCUUUACCAGUCUUCCAGAAUGGAGGCACACCUGUGCCAAAUCGGUUUUGUAACGUGUGUGCAGCACUGCCACCUCGGCGACCAUCGAGGUCUAGCCAGCAGCCACCAGUAGACCGGAGCCUCCUUGAAGCUGAAUGGUAUUGGGGUGACAUAUCCAGGGAGGAAUGCUCAGAAAAGUUGAAGGAUGCUGCUGAUGGCACAUUUCUGGUUCGGGAUGCUUUGGAUCGAGGCUCGGGUGACUACACACUGACUCUUCGUGUGGGUGGCAGCAACAAGCUUAUCAAGAUUUAUCAGCGAGCGGGCAAGUACGGCUUCUCUGAGCCUCUCACCUUCAAUUCGGUGCCGGAGCUGAUCAGCCACUACCGGCGUGAAUCCCUGGAGCACUACAACAAUUUCCUGAAUGUGCGGCUGCUCUACCCGGUGUCCAAGUACCACCAGCCUGAUGAUGAGGAUCAGCGUGAGUGGAAUGUAGAACGUGUCGGCCAGCGUCUAAUGGAGACCAAUCGAGAGUUCCUGUCACGCAGCCGUCAGUUCGACCAAUUCCACGACCAGUUCAACAGGCUGAGUCAGGAGCUUCAGCUCAAGGGCCAGGCACUACAAUCAUUUGAUGAGGCUGCUGCCAUGUUUGAGGAGCAGGCAGACCUACUGCGGCACUUUAGCCGGGACUGCUGCAGUGGUGAGCAAGAUCGUCGGGCCGUUGAGGAAAAUGAGGCAUUGCUACAGCGGCGGCUGGCACUGUUGCGCGAGGCUCAGGGUCGGCUUGCCGACGAGGUUCGGGCCUCCCAGGCCUACUACAAGCAGCUGGAGCGGGAAAUCAAUGGCCUCAAGCUAGAGGUGGCUCAGGCAGCCAAACAGCGUGAAAAGUGCCAGGCCUGGCUGCAGGCGCGUGGCGUGCCCAAGGACCGCAUCAACAAACUUCUGCAGGAUUCUUCAGGACAGCAGGAAACAGCAAGGAGGAGCGGAAGCAGCAGCUCAGAAGAGGUGUCUCCUGACAGUAGCUGGUUUGUGGCAGACUGUGAUCGAAGCCAAGCCAUGCGCCUGCUUGAGGGUCGUUGCGAUGGUACUUUUCUGGUGAGACCCAGCAAGAACCCUGGGCAGUUUGCAUUGUCAAUUGUGGCUGAGGGCAAGGUCAACCAUUGCUUAAUUCUACGCACUGAACGUGGCUAUGGCUUUGCAGAGCCACUCACCACUCAUCCCACAUUGCGUAGCCUGGUGCAGCACUAUGUGCACAACUCACUUGAAGAGCACAACCCACUGCUCAAGACUACCAUGGCCUACCCAGUGUUCGGUUCCAGCUGAGGCUGGCUCCCCUCUUUCUGUACAGGACACCCUCUGCAUAAUGUGUACAUAGCCUGCUUUUUUAUCACCACUGUUCUCUAGUCAAAUAAAGACCGCUGUUUUCCUUA